AUGGUCCACAGAGUUUUAGGGGUGCCUGUUAUCUGCCUGACUGUCUUACUUCUACCCCUUCUCCUUGAAGGUGUGGACAUUUUGGACGCAGGGGAGGUGGUAUACCAUGAGACCAGGACUGAUGGUGUGGUGGAGCGUGGAGUGAUAUUGGAGUGUGGCCCCAUUUUGCCUGAUGUCUACAUCUGGGGCUUUACCGAACCAGGCACGGACACAAUCCGUGCCGUGGUGUACAAUUUUGGGAAGGGUCCCAAGCUGCAGAAGUUAGCCAAAGACUUGGGUGAUCUGUCAGUCAUCACCAACACUGCCUCUCUGUCUAUAGAGAAGCUUCCUCUGGCUGCAGAAGGCGUUUAUACCUGCCAGGCACUAUAUGAUACUGCGGAGGGAGCCAGGCUGUAUUACUACUACGUUUAUCUGCGUGUUCUAGUGCCAGUUACCAAACCUUACAUCUUGAUGAGUGACUCCUCGCCAAUAGAGGGCACAGUAGUGACUAUGCGCUGUGGCCUGGAGAAUGGAACCGGGCCUAUAAAUUACGUAUGGGAACAGGAGACGCGGGAAGGACAGCUCACCACGAUGGCCGAGAUCAAUGACAACAACUUGUUCAACGUCACCGAAGUCACACGCAACCACACUGGCUGGUACAGGUGUGUCGCCAGCAACAAGGUCAACCAACAGCGCAGUGAUCGAAUCUGGCUUGACAUCAUAUUUGGUCCAGACCUGCCUCAGAUCGAUGUCACCCCUUACUCGGUGACCGAGCGUGGUUAUUCAGCCCUGGAAAGAGAGACUGUUUCCCUCCUGUGUCAAGCUUCUUCAAAUCCCCCCAGCCAAUACGUUUGGUUCUACAACAACUCCCAGGUUUUCACAGGUCCACAGUUCACCAUCACCAGGGUCCUACGCAUGCACACGGGUCACUAUGCAUGCUUGGCUCAGAACACUUACCUCAACACCCGAUCCAAGAAAACCAUCACCCUCACCGUCUACUAUCCUCCAGAUGGCGCUCCAUCAUGCUCCAUUCUACCGGCCAACAACUACAACGACCUGGCCCUUCGCUGCACCUGGGAGGGUGGCAUUCCAGGAGCCUCUUUAAAAUGGACCCCGUAUGUGUUCGGAAAUGGGAGCGAGGGAAUCACAAACAUCACCAGGAUUCAGAAAGGUCAAGAGACCGCGAACAACUCCGUGUUCCUCUGCCAAGGCUCCCACGUUGCGCAGAAUGAAAUCAAGAGUUGCAGCGUAAGAGCAUGGAUGCCCUACGGAGAGCCACAGUGUUCUGCGUAUGCCACUCGAAACAAUGAGUACCUAAUGCUGUCCUGUUCCUGGGAGGGUGGGUUCCCUCGGGCCUUGUUGUGGUGGGCUUCUAGCUCAGGCGACAUACAAGGCACAUCUGAAGAGAAUGCCAAUAUCCUGGUUUUACAAUCUAGUGCUACAUACAGUGGCAAAGCAUUCGUAUGUUAUGCAAGACAUCCAUUGGCUAAGACGAUCAAACAGUGUGUAUUAAAGCUGGAAGCACCGGUAUUGAUAACACAACGCAGUGUGAUGUCUGUCUAUGAGGGCAGUGAUGUCCAGCUCACUUGUAUCUUGAGUAAAAACUACCCUAUCACGGAGAUCACCUGGUACAAUAACCAGAAACAACAUGUGCUUAGCAUCCCAAAGAAGUACGCACUGGACCGAGCCGCUGCCUGGACCAACUUGACGGUAAGGGAAACAGACAGCGAGACAGACAGCGGUCAAUAUUGGUGUUCGGCUACCAAUGCUGUUGGAGGAGCAGAGAUCCCGAUCACCCUGAUGGUGAAGAGGUACCCAAUGCCCCCCAACGUAACCAUUAGUAAGAUCAUUUACAACAGUCGUCAACGGACAGAUGUUGAUCUAGAGUGGCUGCCCCAGAAUGAAGGUGAACUCACAGGGUUCUUCAUCGAGCGUCAACGACUUCCCCUACCUCCGAAGAAAAGAAGCGGUGACCCUCCCUGGGAGAAACUGGUUAAUCUGGAGCCUGAUGCUCGAAAUUACCAAAUCAAGAAUUUGGACCCCACUGGUACCUAUGCAAUCCGUAUUACUGCAGUAAACCACCGCACCAUUGGGAACCCAUCAGAUAUUAAGAGCCCAGCGGAUCCUCCUUUCAAUGCCUACCCAGCUGUGAUUGGGGCAGCGAUCGGGGGCAUGAUCAUAGCAACGAUAGCCACUGUACUGCUCUUUAUGUAUGUGGUCCGGAACCGCAACAAUAAUCCAAGGCUUCAUGACUUGAUAUUUGGAAGGCAAAACAGCCAGUCUAGAGAGAACAUUAACUUUCCUGAGGAUGAGGUUGUUGAAGGAUCAGACGGAGAGAAACAUGCAGGAGAGCCAGGCACAUCUGCAGCUCAAGGACCAUCAAUGGCACUGCCAAGGCCAACCGCAACACCUACAAACCUUCCCCCAGGCGAGGAGCCUGUUAAUGUUACUAUAACCGUCAUGGCCUCAAGCUAGAGACGGAUAUUAGCACAAGACUUUACUUUUGGUUAAAAAAAAAUUAUGUAAAAAAUUUUUUUAAUGUAAUUAAAGAUUUGUUGGUUCAUCUUAAAAAAAUUAAUUACCUGGUUGCCUUAAAAUCUUGAGUU